CAAGUCAUUACAUAUUGUUUUAGAAUUGACAAUUGCUGUCGGGAAUGGGACGAAUUUUUUACAGGAUGUAAAGUGUGUUCACCAGGAUAUCUAGGUCGGAAUUGUACACAGGCAUGUCCGUACCCUAACUAUGGCUUAGAGUGCCAGGGAAAUUGUGGAUGCGAUAAGAGACUAUGUGACAUCGCUACAGGUUGCUUCUCUGAUUCGGAUGGAUGCAGGGCAGGUUACUAUGGAGAAAGAUGUAUGUUUAAGUGCAGAGUACCGACGUAUGGAAAACAUUGUCAACAAAUCUGCAAGUGUGAUGAAUUUAUCUGUCAUUACAUUACCGGGUGUCCAGUAAAGGAAAGCAAGUAGUUAUAGUGUUUUAAAUAUCUAAUAAUCAUUGUCUCUUAAUAGAUUUAUACCUCUUCAUUCCAUACCCUCAUCUUCAUUAGACAAACAUAUAUACGUGUUUAAAAAUGUUGAUUGAUCCAAUUUUGAUAAUAUCAA